UGUAGUAGAAAAAAUAAUUAAAAAUAAUCAUGUGAAUAUAGAAUAUUUAAGUGCACGCGAAUUAGUUUUUCCAACAAGUCCCUAACAAAUGACGUUGAAUCAUCAUUACUGUAAUGAGGAUUAGUAAUUAAAAUAAGUGUUUAUUUUAAGAUUCCUCUGGCACACAGUUCGCUAACUUCCCCCGGUAUCUCGGGAAGUCGGCAGAAAGCUGAUUCCUCGCCAGGGAGCUCAGCAUCAAUGCAUCGUCACAGACAGGCGGAUCCGGUGUGAUAUCCCUCGGACGUGAUGGCCAAGCCCACGGCAGCUGCAUCCACCCUCCACCUCCACCCUCGGCAGCUCGUCCCUCCCACCCCCUCGCCAGGCUUUGCUGCGCUGUCCCACUAAAGGCGAUUUCAGCACCGGGACAGAUCCCGCACUGUCGGAUGGCAACAUGGCGACAGAGUUCCACAACCUCCAGGAGCUGCACCACAGUGCGUCUCUGGCCACCAAGGUCUUCAUUCAGAGGGAUUACUCAGAGGGGACCAUCUGCAAGUUCCAGACCAAGUUUCCCGCAGAGCUGGAUAGCCGGAUCGAGCGGGCCCUCUUUGAGAUCACGGUGAAGACGCUCAACGAUUACUACGCAGAGGCCGAGAAAAUCGGCGGCCAGUCGUACCUGGAGGGCUGUCUGGCCUGCGCCACGGCGUACGUUAUCUUCCUGUGCAUGGAGACGCGCUACGAGAAGGUGCUGAAGAAGAUCUCCAAAUACAUACAGGACCAGAACGAGAAGAUCUACGCUCCCCGAGGCUUGCUGAUCACAGACCCCAUUGAGAGAGGCAUGCGAGUGAUCGAGAUCUCCGUCUUCGAGGACCGCGGCUCCAGUGCCUCCAGCUCGGGCAGCAGCUCCACCAGCAGCAGCAGCAGCGGCCGAUGACUGGCGGAGCAGCACCAGGGCACAUCACCCGGCACCCCAACAACAACAACUAUUUUUUAACAACUGUUCUGAGCUUUGCACAUUUAUAGAAGUAGCUCACGGCGGGGGUCGCGGUGGGAGUGGCAUGUUCAUUAGCUCCUCCCCCACAGCCCCGCCCACACCUAGCCUCACACUGCACACCGUUCAAGUAGCUCCUGUGCCACACCCUUCCUAGCCCCACCCACCGCCAUAACGGAUGCCUUCAUGUUUCUCCCCUGUGGAAAUACCCAACCUUGGCGCUGAAAAAUGGACCCUUCACCUCUGCCGAGCCUGAUGUACAGUUUACAGUGCAUGGAGCCAUUUCUGUUUGCGUGGGGGUGUGACGUGGGGGAACAAAAACAAUAAGUCCUCAUCUGUUGUUUUAGGUUGUGAAAAUAAUCAUCAGGAUUAUAACCCCCCCACACCUGUGAAUUGUCUCCCAGAGGAUGGUUGAGUGGGGUGGGGGGCGGGGGGGCGGGGUUGUUAGUGAUAUAAUGUACAGUAUACAGGUACUUUGGGGUGUAAGGGGUGGUGGAUUUUGUGGAUGGUGAAUCUGGGGGGGAUUUGCAGGACAGCAAUAGAACCUCCUGGGUAGUAAAGGACAGUCGGGGUGGGGGGUAGUUAUUAGUGACCAGUGUGAAAGGGGGGGGGGGUUAUCUGGAUAGUUUGUGUGGCAGUCAUAGUGCGGUUGGUGUAUCAUUAUGAGUCCAGGAAGCUUGUCUUUGGUCUGUCCUCACAAAGACGAUGGAAUCUGGUUGUCAUGGAGCCUCGUGCUUCAACAGCAAUCAACCACUUGCCAAAUGUUCCUCAAACUGUUCUUCAACAGGACCAUUUUGGCCGGCAGUAAAACGUAGGACAUCUUGAUUUCUCAGAACUUUGGCCGUGCGAAUGUACCCAUUCCUGACGCAGACAUGAGGCAGAUCUUCAGGAGAGUUUGUAACCAAGCAUGAGGUUUAGUAAUGUGAUCUUCAUUGUGGUGUCUAUGCAUGAGAUGGCUGGGGAGGUUAGUCACCAGUUUUCUACUCAGUGUGGUGUUUGGAAUGGAGGUGGACUUCGAAAGGGGGCGGAGGGUAGGGACCAAUAAGCAAUAGGAGAGAGGUGGGACUAUGUAUCAAGGAGCCAAUGAGAGGGGAGAGGUAUUUAUGGCCUGGACCAUGAACGAGGAGAAUGGCGUAAGGAGCAAUCAGGGAGAGGCGGGACUAUGUAUCAAGGAGCCGAUGAGAGGGGGGAGGUAUUUAUGGACUAGACUAUGAAUAAGAAUGGAGUAAGGAGCCCAAUAAGCAGUCAGGGAGAGGAGGGACUAUGUAUCAAGGAGCCAAUGAGAAGGGGGAGGUAUUUAUGGACUGGAACUUGAAUGAGUGGAUGGAGUAAGGACACUAUUUUGACUUGGACCAAGUUUACAUACCUGUAUAUGUAUCCUUUGAUACAAUUGUUUAUUUUUGUUGAUGUAGCGACCCGUGAAAUUGUAGGGGUUUUCAGGAAUGUCUUCCUAUUGACAGCGACCAGAGAUUUUAUGGUCUCCAAAGAGUUUGUGGUUCAUCACCUGCUGCAGAAGCCCAGCAUCAUCAACAUUGACGUGUCCAGGAUGACACGCUUUGGGUCAUGUUUACGCAAGUGCAGUUAAUGCUGUGGAUUUUCAUAAAUCAAAAUUUGCUGGUGGAUACUUACCAGUGCAAGAUUGUGAUAAAUGAUGAACACCAAAAGAAACAAUAAAUGCUAUCAUUCACAUGA